AUUCAAAGACACCAGGCUCACAAUCCAACAACUUUGUUGAGCUUGCCGAAUUGAACCCGCCGGUUCAAGAAAGAAAGUUAUCAGUUUGGUCACAAGUCACGCAUUCGAAUGUCCAAUCCCUGAUUACGCAAUGAUAAACACCAAGUGUUUUUAACUCGGUGGAAUCGUCAACUUAAACCCGAACCCCAGUCUCCGCAGUUGUCUGAUUCUUGAGUACGGUCAGUCCACAAUCUCUGAGAGUUGAGACCAACACACACUCUCUCCAUGAAAGGCGCACCUAUUGGGGCGUUUUUCAUCUACACGUGUAUAGACAAGUACAUAGGCGUGAAACGGGUACGUGUACCGGUUCGCAAGAUCCAUGCUUCUUCGUCAUACAAAGUAGAGUUAGCCCAGACAAACGCUAAUUUAUGGAGGGGCGGACUUCACUCCGUCACACAUGACCCAAAAACCGAAGAGGCUAUUGUUCAGACUAUCGAGAACUUCCCGAGACAUUGGCUCUACAGCGGACUGCUUAUUUGUCUUGUAUAUAUCUUCAUCGUGAAUCCUUCUCUUUUUUCUUGCUGCCUGCUGAAGGCUUGGUGGUUUCCAUUUUUUUCUCCAUUUUAAACCAGCCCCGCAAAUUCCUCUCUUCAUCUUUCCUG